CCUUACUCGAAGGGGAGCAAGGACUCCAGUGGGAUGGAUGCAGCCCUGGUCUCCAGGAGACAAAGCAUCCCAGAGGAGUUCAGAGGGGUCACCAUCGUGGAGCUGAUUAAGAAGGAAGGAAGCACCCUUGGGUUAACCAUUUCAGGUGGCACAGAUAAAGAUGGAAAGCCAAGAGUCUCCAACCUGAGGCCAGGAGGACUGGCAGCAAGAAGCGACCAGCUGAACGUCGGGGAUUACAUCAAGUCGGUGAAUGGCAUUAACCUGACCAAGCUGCGGCAUGACGAGAUCAUAAGUCUGCUGAAAAACGUGGGCGAAAGGGUAGUGCUGGAAGUAGAGUACGAGCUUCCUCCAGCCGUGCCAGAGAGCAGCGCUGGCAUUAUUCCCAAGACCAUUGAGGUGUCCCUCUACAAGGAAGGCAACAGCUUUGGCUUUGUGCUGAGAGGGGGAGCCCAUGAAGACUGGCAUAAGUCCAGACCGCUGGUGCUCACCUACGUGAGGCCGGGUGGCCCAGCAGACAGGGAAGGGUCCUUGAAAAUUGGGGACAGGCUGCUGAGCGUUGAUGGAAUCCCUCUGCACAGCAUGACCCACGCUGACGCCCUCAACAUCCUGCGACAGUGCAGCCAGGAGGCACUCUUCCAGAUCGAGUAUGAUGUGACCAUCAUGGAUACUGUAGCAAAUGCUUCAGGUCCUUUACUAGUUGAAAUAGCAAAGACUCCGGGAUCUACGCUAGGAAUCACACUGACAACAACCACGCAUCGGAACAAGCAGGUCAUUGUCAUCGAUAAGAUCAAGCCAGCCAGUGUGGUGGACAGAUGUGGCGCGUUGCAUGUUGGCGACCAUAUUCUCUCCAUAGAUGGCACGAGCACAGAGCACUGCUCCUUAUUAGAGGCAACUCAGCUUUUAGCUGCCACUUCGGAAAAUGUCAAGCUAGAGAUAUUACCUGUUCACCAAAGCAGGCUGCCUUUGAAGCCUCCAGAAACAGUCAAGGUUCAGAAGAGCGACCACCACCACUGCUGGGACCCCUGUGUCAACUACUGUCACACCCACCACCCCGGACACUGCAAGACACCCACUUGGAACCAGACGUCUGGACAGGAUUACUGCAAAUCUCUGGUGGCUGCCAACUUCUCGUCUCCCACCAUGAAUGCGCAGGGCUUCCCCUGCCAGAACUCGAACACGCUACCUCGCAGCUCCCACCCCAUGAGCCCCCGCACCACCAUGCUGAGGAGGCGGCAGAAGAAGAAGGAGCACAAGAGCUCAUUGUCGCUGGCCUCCAGCACAGUGGGUCCUGGCGGGCAGAUAGUCCAUACGGAGACGACAGAGGUGGUGCUCAGGGGAGACCCUUUGAAUGGCUUCGGACUUCAGCUCCAGGGAGGCAUCUUUGCUACCGAAACCCUGUCUUCCCCACCUCUCGUCCGUUUUAUUGAGCCCGACAGUCCGGCAGAGAGGUGUGGGCUGCUGCAAGUAGGAGACAGAGUCCUUUCUAUCAAUGGCAUUGCAACUGAGGAUGGGACUAUGGAGGAAGCUAAUCAGCUUUUGCGUGAUGCCGCGCUCACCAACAAAGUGGUGCUCGAGAUUGAAUUUGAUGUUGCAGAGUCUGUCAUACCCAGCAGCGGUACUUUCCACGUUAAAUUGCCCAAGAAAAGGGGUGUAGAGCUUGGAAUUACAAUCAGCU